GAAGCGGUUCUGGAGCCCUGGCGGUCUCCCUGUAGAAGGUCACUUUGUUUCUGCUUCAAGCUGUAGCGCGGCGGCACUCAGUCGGCCAAGGUCCGUACAUGGGUGUGGGGGUGGUAGGAUACUAAUGGCCCCUGUGUUCUCCAGUCAUGAGCCCGGAUAUCGGUCCUACACAAUCCGAGGGCUGGGUCUCGCGUCCGUUGCAGGGACUGCUCACCUUCAGGGAUGUGGCCAUAGAAUUCUCCAAGGAGGAGUGGGGAUGCCUGACCCACACCCAGAGGCAACUGUACAAGGACGUGAUGUUAGAGAACUAUGGACAUCUCCAUUUCUUGGGUCUCACUGUGUCAAAGCCAAACCUGAUCAUGUUUUUGGAGCAAGAUAAGGAGCUCUGGGAUGUGAAGAGAAAGGAUACUGUAGCUCUCCAUGCAGGCUGUCCCUGCAAUCCUGGCAACCUGAUCGAUGUACCAUUGUCUCUCUUUACUUCACUGGAGCUGAAGAUUGGACAUAUACGCUAGGUGUUCCUUGAAGAUACUGGGGUUUCCUAUGCUCAGAGUGUCCAACAUAAACCAACCGCAUGUGCAGUGCGUCCCUGUAUGAGUUGGGGGUGAGCAGCUGGCCAGUGUCACUAGUGUGAUGAAGAUGUUUAUGAUGUUUGCUAUGUCAUGAGCCAUAAGACACUUGGACUUUGACCUGGGAACCUCUUGUCUUCUGCCCAUAUUGGAACACUGUUACAUACCAAUGGGUUACAAUAUGGAAUGUGUGUCAUCUUGGAAGUUUUAUAUUUAUUGAGAUUAUCCAUGGACUUUAUUCAAAACAAAAUAGAUGUUCAUAGGUCUGUUUCUUGUUUGUUCAUUUACAUUGUUGUUUUGAUUGUACAUAUAAGUGAAUAUGUAUGGUAUUUGUCUUUGAAUCUCUGACUUAGUUCACAUCACAUAAUUACUUCUGGGUCAAACCUCAUUAUCGCAAAUGCAAGACACAAUGAAAAAAGCAUAAAGAGACACACAAAUACAAUGUAUAGCCUGAAUGUUACCAGUGUGGAAUGGAGAAGGAUGAUGGGCAUCAUGACGAAGUGGGAAUGGGAACUAGAGGCUUCCAUGGGUGAAAAGAAUACAGGCAACUCCUCCAAUGGUAUUUUCAUAGCAUAUUAUGGUGCCAGAUGGUAGUUACUUGUGGUGAGCAUAGUAGAACCUACAGAGUUGUCGAAUCCCCAUGUUCUACACCUGAACUAAUGGAACAUUGUCCAUUAUACAUUAAUAGAAAAGAAAUCAAGAUGGAUACUGAGAGGCAUAUGCCUAUGUAGAUUAAACUAGUGUCUUAAGAAGUUGCAGGUAGGGUGCCUGGGUGGUUGACUGGGUUAAGCCUCUGCCUUCAGAUCAGGUCAUGAUA